GCUGUCUCAGUUGAUCGGCUCACUUCAUUGCGGAUCGGUCGAGUCUUUCUUUGCCCAACAAUUCAACUAAGAUGUUGCAGCUGAAGCAUGCUGGGAGUGGCAAAGUCAUAGAGCUCGAUGAGUUCUGGCUGCGCUAUCAUUGUCACUGCGGAGAUUGCCUCAACACGGAGACGCAUCAGCGGCGCUAUGAUGUCCUCGAGCUGCCGGCCGAUGUGUACGCCCUGAGGCACAGCUGGGAGUCGGCGGAUCAGCUCCUGGUGGAAUGGAGCGACGGGCAUCGUUCGAGCUACGACUGGGCGUUUAUCUAUGACUCGCAGCUGGAGCAGCUGAUAAGCCGGCGCACAAAGUCCACCGCGCUGACGCCCUGGAACCGCAGCAUCGCGCUACAGAACGAGCGGCACUUGCGCUUCUCGCUGCCCGCCCUUGUUGCCAGCGAUGAGCAGGUCAAGCAGCUGGUAGGCGCUCUCGUGCGCUACGGCAUUGUCUUUAUAGAUGACGUGGCGCCCACGCCCACCAUGACUGAGCUGGCGCUGCGCCGCUGCUUCCCUAUAAUGAAGACCUUCUUCGGAGAGAUGUGGACGUUCAGCGACAAGCCGGACCACGCGGACACGGCGUACACUAAGAUGUACCUGGGCUCGCACACGGACAACACGUACUUCUGCGACGCCGCCGGCCUGCAGGCGCUGCACUGCCUCGAUCAUUCCGCCGACGGCACUGGUGGCGAGAACUUCUUUGUGGACGGGCUGCACCUGGUGCAGGAGCUGCGCCGUCGCUUUCCCGCUGCCUACGAGGUGCUCUGCCGCGUGCAAGUGCCCGCCGAGUACAUCGAGCAGGGCCAGCACCACUGCCACACGGCGCCCAUCAUACGCAUCGACCCGCUGACCGGCGAGCUGCUCCAGCUGCGCCUCAAUGUCUACGACCGCGCCGUCUUCAACACGCUGCCCCAGCGCGAGAUGGCCAGCUUCUACGCCAGCUUGCGGCAGCUGCUGCAGAUGGUGCGCGAGGAGGAGCAGCAGUGGCAGCUCAAGCUGCGGCCGGGCAGCCUGGUGAUCUUCGACAACUGGCGCGUGCUCCACGGCCGCCACGCCUACACGGGCCGCCGCAUCAUGUGCGGCGCCUACGUGCAACGCACCGACUACCAGAGCAAGGCGCGUAUACUUGGCCUCAUCGAAUAGUUGCAGCCACUCAAAUCCCAAAUUUAAAAUAUCGAAUGUGGAAUGUGGAAUGUCGAAUGCCAAUGGCCAAUUGCAAUUCAGUCGUGAAUACAUGGCAAUAAAAAAUUACGAUUACAA